AUGACACGAGACCUUGCGCUCUUUCUGCCUCUUCGGAGAAAGCUCAAGUCGCGAAAAAUCGUUGACUUGAAGACCCUGACUCAUGCAUACAUGGGUAGGCGCGUCGGGAUGUCUUACGAGGAUUCGUACUUUCAGCUAGAGGAUGCCAGAGCAUGCAUGGAUUUAUUUAGAUCUUGUGAAGACACAUACGAGGGUAUGAUUGCCGCUGGGACCUGGCCUUGCAACCUUCCGCCAAUUGUAUUUGCGCAGUACUUUGCUUAA